AUGAUGCGAUCCGCUGCGCAACACGUUGCUCGCCGCGCAAGCACCUCGGCUGCGGCCAGUGGACGUCGCACCGCGACGCGCUCCGCAGUCCUGCGCUGCAUUGCUCCGAGUUCGCGUCUUGUACAGCGCGGCGCCAAGUUCGCUCCGUCCGCGCAGCACCUCAGCGCUUGCUUCAGCACCAGCGCUGCGGACGACACAGCUGCAGCGGACCGCCACGAGUUCCAGGCUGAGACGCGCCAGCUUCUGGAUAUUGUGACGCACUCCAUCUACACGGACAAGGAAGUUUUUAUCCGCGAACUCAUCUCCAACGCCUCGGAUGCCUUGGAGAAGCUGCGUCACUUGCAGUCGACUGGAGAGUCCAUCCAGGACGCUGAGCUGGAGCCCAUGAUCGUCAUCACCACGGACGAGAAGGCCGGCACACUGACGAUCGCGGAUACCGGUGUGGGUAUGUCAAAGGACGAGCUUAUCGAGAACCUAGGUACGAUUGCUCGCUCCGGCUCAAAAGCGUUCCUGGAGCAGCUAAAGGAGAGCUCUCCCGGUGAGUCCGGAGAUGCAUUGGGUGGCAUCAUCGGUAAGUUUGGAGUAGGAUUCUACUCCGCAUUCAUGGUUGCCGACAAAGUGGAGGUGUACUCACAGUCGGCGGUCUCUGGCCGUCAGAGCCACCUGUGGCGCUCGGAUGGUAGUGGAUCGUACGAGGUUGCCGAGGCGGACGAUGUGACGCGCGGCAGUAAGAUCGUGAUCCACCUGAAGGAUUCUUGCAAGGAGUUUGGCACGAAGUCCAAGGUGGAGUCCAUCAUCCGUCGCUACUCGAACUUCGUGUCGUUCCCGAUUGUUCUGGAUGGCGACACGGUGAACACGGUGCAGGCUCUUUGGACCAAGAGCGAGAGCGAAGUCACGGACGAGGAAUACACGGAGUUCUAUAAGUUUAUUGCCAACGCGUUUGACGAGCCGGCGUACCGCGUCAUCUUCAAGGCGGAUGCGCCAAUUGAGUUGAAGACUCUCUUCUUCAUUGGAACAUCGCACACCGAGAAGUUCGGCUACUCUCGCUUGGAGCCGGGUGUGAGCUUGUACUCGCGUAAGGUUCUCAUUGAGCGCAACUCGCCCGACAUUCUCCCAGACUGGAUGCGCUUCGUGCGUGGCGUCGUUGACAGUGAGGAUCUCCCUCUCAGUCUUUCGCGUGAAAAGAUGCAGGACAGCCGUCUGAUCCACAAGAUUCGUGACGUUCUCACGAGAAGAAUUAUCCGCUUCCUGGAGCGUGAGUCCACCAAGGAACCAGAAAAGUUCGAGAAGUUCUUUAAGGAAUUUGGACAGUUCGUGAAGGAGGGUAUCUGCACGGACUUCGCCAACAAAGACGCUCUGGCGAAGCUUCUGCGCUACGAAUCAAGCCAGGUGGACGAAGGUAAGCUGACGACUCUCGAUGAGUACGUGUCACGCUGCCCACCGGACCAGAACGAGAUCUACUACCUCUGCGCUCCUACUCGGGCUAUUGCGGAGUCUUCGCCGUACUUCGAGGCCUUCAAGAAAAUGAACAAGGAGGUUUUGUUCGUCUACAGUCCCAUCGAUGACUUCGUGAUGACGAACAUUGCCGAGUUCAACGGUCGUAAGGUUAUCUCCGCAGAGCACGCUAAGGUUGACGUCGUCAGUGACGACAAUGCGUCCGGAAAGAAGCUGUCGAAGGAUGAGCAGGACCUUUUCGGUGCUUGGCUGAAGCUGACUCUCGAGGACAACGUGAAGGAAGUCAAGUUCACAUCCCGUCUGACUGACUCGCCUGCUAUCAUCGUGGAUCACGAGUCGGCCUCGAUUCGCAAGAUGAUGCAAAUGGUUAACGACCGCGCAGGUCAGGACAUGAGUGGCCUCUCCAAGAACGUGAUGGAGAUCAAUCUGAACCACAGCAUUAUUGUGGACUUAAACGCGCUGCGGGAAGUCAACGAUGCCCUCGCCAAGAAGGUGGCCCGUCAGAUCUAUACCAACGCGACGGUGGCCGCUGGUCUUGUGGAGGACGGCCGCACGAUUCUUGGUGGCCUGAAUGAAAUCCUUGCUGAGCUCCUGGAGCAGAGCCUGCAGAAGUAGAGCGAUCGACCGGGGAACGAGGUGUGGAUCUAGCAAGUGCUGCGUCCGUCAGGAUGCUUGCAACCUAGCUGGGCUUUAGAUGCUUCCGCAAUGCAAUGGAAAACAUUUCGUCCAAAA